AUGGCCGAAGGACGAGCAUUGAGUAACAACAAUAAUGUUAAUUAUUUAUUACAAGAUUAUUCAACAUCUAUUGAAUAUUUUGAUAAGCGUUUGACAAUUGCUAAAGAAUGUAAUGAUCAAAUAGGUCAACGUCGUGCACAUACAAAUCUUGGUAAUGCUUAUUUAUAUUUAGAAGAAUAUGAUAAAGCUCGUUAUCAUUAUAGAGAAGCAAUGAUUAUAAGUGAAGUAAUGAAUGAUGGAUUAUUUUUAGCACAAUUAUGUUUUAUUCUUGGUCGAGUUUAUAAUAUAAAACAAGAUUAUGAAACGUCAAUUUAUUUUCAUGAAAAACAUUUAAAUUUAGCACAUAAAUUUCAAGAUUAUAGAGGUCAAUGUCAAGCGUAUUUGAUUUUAAGUCAAUUAUAUGAAAAAAUUAAUCAAUAUGAUAAAACAAAAAAAUAUCGUAAUCUUUAUAAAUCAUUAGCACGAGAAAUUGAUGAAACAAAUGAAAAAAAAGUUGGAUCAAAGAGUAAUGCACUUAAAAAUCUUCGUGCUGAAUCAAUUUGUAUAAGUCUAUCAGAACCACAUAUGACAAAUUCAACACGUUCUAAUUCAGUUGUAACUGGUAAUUUAAUAAGUCCAAUAGAUGAAAAAUCAAUACUAAAUACAAAUAAAAAACUUAAAUUAAAUUUUAUUCAACAUCUUACGAAAAAAUCACCAGCAGCAAUGAGAAAACAAGCAUCAAAAAAUGAUCCUGAUGAAUUAAUUGAUCUUGUUUGUCGUAUGCAAAAAUCACGUUUUGAUGAUCAACGUUGUGACAUUUCAAUAACAAAUUAUGAACAAAAUGACAAAAAUACUUUAGAAGAACAUCAAUCUUUUUCUUGUUUCAUCAAUAAUUCAAUAAUAAUAAUCUUGCUAGGUUCUAAUUCUCAACUUGACGACAUAUUAAAUACAGUUGAUCGUUUACAACAAUUUCGUUUUGAUGAUCAACGAACAAAUAUUCCUAAUUUGACAAAUAAUACCAAUGCAAAAAGUCCACGUCUUUCACCAUUACAUGAACAAUUUUUUGAUCAACUUGCUAAAUGUCAAGAAUCUCGUAUGGAUGAUCAACGAGCUAUACUUUUACCACCACCUGAUAUGAAUACAUCAUCAACAAUACGGCCAAUAUCAGCAGUACCAAUCAUUACAACACCAACAACAUUAGAAAGAAAAAAUUUUCUAAAUGAAUCCACAUUAAAAACAUUACCUGAUGAAGAUUUUUUUUCAAUUCUUAAUCGUUUACAAUCACGUCACAAUGAUCAACAAACUACAUCUAUAUCGUCAACAAGAAAUUUAUCAUUAAAAAAACCUUGA